AUGUUUGAUGCAAGAACUGAAACUCUAUCAAAUGAGACAAGUUAUUUUACUAUAUUUGAUAUCCAUCGUGUGGACAUUGAUUUUGGUUGUAUUAAUAUCCAGAAGCAACCUUCUAUAAAGCAUCCUUUAUUAAAAAAUCAUAAAAUCCAGCUUUAUCCAACCUUUACAAGAAACAUUGUGCAAAAAAGACCAUCUUAUGAUCUUAUGAUGUCGAUCACCCUCGAUACAAAUCAAACUACGACAUUUCAUGGAGGAUAUGCAUACGUUGGUGCAUAUAAUUUACAGCUUAAAGGAAAACAAUAUAGUUUAUCUGGAAUUUUGGUUGAGAGUGGUCAACCAUCUAAUUUAAAUAGCAUAUUUGAUGGCAUCAGGGUUAUGCCAAACUUAUAUGGAGAUAGUGAAAUUUACCUAACAUCACGUUGGACGGCAGGUGGAUCAGGAUGUUACAAUAUUCAUUGUCCUGGGUUCGUGCAAGUCAAAAGUAAUCCAUAUCUUGGAAUGGUCAUAUCACAUGUUUCUAGCAUUGGAUCGUUUAAAAAAUGGGUUGUUGUUCCCACAAUCAAACAGAUCCAAGUUUGA